GAACAGAGCCCCAGGAAGGUCCAGAGCUGUGCUUUCAAGGUACUCUGACAUGGGACAGAGUGGGGUUCCAGAUGACAUUACUUCAUGCAUGGAUGAUACUCCCUCUGCCCCUCAUUGCUCCACCUCCUCCUUAGGUCAUGAUGUGUACUAGACCUAGAGAGGCCCCAGGACUCACCACUGUCCCAGCUGUCUCCCUGUCCCGCCUUCCUGCCUCCCGCCCUGCUGGCCAGUCCCCACGCCCACACACCCGGUGCUGCCUCAUCUGGCACUGAUUAUCCUGCUGCCGCCGCUGCUGCUGUUGCUGCUUCUGCUGCUGCUGAACUCAGCUGCUGCCUCCGGCUGAGGACCCCAGCACACUCCCCCCACCAUGCUGUCUGCUGCCCCAGCCUCCCUUCUGGGGCCCCUACUUACGGCCUGGGCCCUGCUGCCCUUCUUGCCUCUUGCCCAGGGCCAGACCCCCAACUACACCAGACCUGUGUUCCUGUGCGGAGGGGAUGUGACUGGGGAAUCGGGUUACGUGGCAAGUGAGGGCUUUCCCAACCUCUACCCCGCCAAUAAGGAGUGCAUCUGGACAAUAACGGUCCCUGAGGGCCAGACUGUGUCUCUCUCCUUCCGAGUCUUCGACCUGGAGCUGCACCCCUCCUGCCGUUAUGAUGCUCUGGAGGUCUUUGCUGGAUCUGGAACCUCUGGCCAGCGGCUUGGACGCUUCUGCGGGACCUUCAGGCCAGCGCCCCUAGUCGCCCCCGGCAACCAGGUCACCCUGAGGAUGACAGCCGACGAGGGCACAGGAGGACGAGGCUUCCUGCUCUGGUACAGCGGGCGGGCCACCUCCGGCACCGAGCACCAGUUUUGUGGGGGGCGGAUGGAGAAGGAACAGGGAACCUUGACCACGCCCAACUGGCCAGAGUCUGAUUACCCCCCGGGCAUCAGCUGUUCCUGGCACAUCAUCGCACCCCCAGACCAGGUGAUCACACUGACCUUCGGGAAGUUUGACCUGGAGCCAGACACCUACUGCCGCUAUGACUCGGUCAGCGUGUUCAACGGAGCAGUGAACGAUGAUGCCAAGAGGCUGGGAAAGUUCUGCGGGGACACAUCCCCUGGCCCCAUCUCCUCAGAAGGUAAUGAGCUUCUGGUCCAGUUCGUCUCAGAUCUCAGUGUCACCGCCGACGGCUUCUCAGCCUCCUACAGGACCGUGCCACGAGGCACUGCUGAAAAGGGGCCAGCCCCAAACCCAGGGAAGGACACCAGGCCAGGUCCCCCAUCUCUAGGCCCUGGCCCAAAACCUGGAGCUAGGCCCAAAGUCAAGCCACCCACCAAGCCCAAACUCCAGCCUGGGGAGAAGUCAGAGGUCUCACCUGAAGCCCAGGCAACUCCACUGGGCCCUGAUACACCCAGUGUCCCUUGCCCAAAGCAAUGUCGGAGGACAGGCACACUGCAGAGCAACUUCUGUGCCAGUGAUCUUGUGGUGACUGCAACAGUGAAGUCCAUGGUUCGGGGUCCAGGAGAGGGUCUCACUGUCACUGUCAGUCUCAUUGGUGCUUAUAAAACUGGAGGACUAGACCUGCCCUCUCCGCCCACUGACACCCCCCUGAAGUUUUACGUGCCCUGCAGGCCAUGCCCCCUCAUGAAGAAAGGACUCAAUUAUCUGAUUAUGGGCCAAGUGGAUGAGAAUAGAGGUCCCAUCAUUCCUUCAGACAGCUUCGUGGUUCAACACCGGCCCAGCCAGGACCAGAUCCUCACCAACCUCAGCAAGAGAAAGUGUUCUUCCCAACCUAGGCAAGCUGCAGAGUCUCAGGCCUGAGAGCCAGGCCAGCUGCAGCCCCAGGUUCAUGUGCUGUCUUUCUUAUCCAAAUAAAUGUUUCUCAACUGAG